UCUUUGUUUUCGAAUCCCUGAGAAUAUACAAAAGUGGAAUGAUUCAUAGUUGUGAUAUCCAAAUUUCGUUGUGUUGUGAAUUUGAUAUUUUCAAAUAAUCAGAGAUAAUAUUUCAAGUAUAUAUUAAUAAACUGUAAUACAGAAUAUUAUACGCAGCUACUAAUAAUUUGUGGAAGAUUUAUAGAGCAGUUGUUGGCCCAUACAGUCAUACAGACAUUAACAAAACAAAAUGGAAGGUGAGCAAUUAGUCAAAGUAACAACCCCCACAGUGGAAGAAAUCGAAGAAGAACCUCAAAUUACAAUUCAGAAGCUUAAUAAUAAAAUAGACAACUUCAAACUAAAAAUGCAAGACUUCGGCGAAUUCGUUAAAACCAUGGAAAACAACAAAAUGGAUCGUGUGAAGAAAAACACCGAAACCAUCAAGGUAAUGGCUGAUAUGGUGUUGGAAGAAAUGACUAAAAUGUAUGAACAACUGCUAGUGGAUGUUGCGAAAGGGACUGCCUCAGAGAUUGAUGUUAAGACUUCGGAAAAAAUGUGUGAAACUGUUGAGCGUACUACGUUUGAUAUUAUUCACAAAAUGAAAUUUAUAUAUAAUGAAGGAAACAUCAUGUUAAAUGAAUAGUUAUUUACAGUUUUCGUCUAUGAAUAUUAUGUUUAAAAUUAUUGAUUCUAAUAUUGAAAUACUUUUUGGCUGUAAUUUUAAAAUUAGAAAAGAAUUAUUAUAACAUUUUCAUCAAAAAUUUACAUAAAAUAAAUGGUAAUACUUAGAUUCGACCCACUAUUCUUAUUCUAUCUUACUUGAACACAUAAAUUGGUCCCCGAGAUGAACAUGCCCUUACAGACGGAGAGGCAGCGCCGAAAAAUCUCUCUGAAAUUACUAAAGCUAGUUUUUUCACAGUUGAUUACUGUGACUGUGUAGAGAAACAUACUGCGGUCGGUCAAGUGAAACGUAGAGCAGGUGGUACUGACAGCUUGUCAAAGUUGCUUACCUACGGAGGUAAUUAAAUCCAUUUACUAAGGCUAAAAAUCAGUACACACAUUCUAAAUUGAAUAUAAAUGAAAGUUAUUAUAGUCGGUCAGCUGUAUGACGGGACAGAGCCGGUCGGUCGGUCCCAAUGAAUGUACAGGAUUAUUCACUAUAUUUUGACCCCCUUGUAAACUGCUUUAUUUACAGAAUUAGAAAAAAAUGUAAAAUACAAAAGUUAUUCGACUUUUUAAUUAUGAGUUUUUGACAUAUAUCGUACUAGUGACGUCAUCCAUCUGGGCGUGAUGACGUAAUCGACUAUUUUUUAAACUGAAAAUAGGGGUCGUGUGCUAGCUCAUUAGAAAUCUUAUUAAAUUCUCCAUGCAGUAAUAUAAACAUUAAGAUCAUUAUUUAUACAGGGUGUCCAAAUUUUUUUUUGAAUUAUUAAUUAUACAAUUAAUUUAAUUAAAAAAUUUUUUUGGAGACCCUGUAUAAACAAUCAUGUUAAUGUUUAUAAUACUCAAUAGGGAAUUGAAUAGAAUUUCAAAUGAGCUAGCACACGACCCCUAUUCUCUUCUCAUUUAAAAAAAUAGUCGAUUACUCAUCACGCCCAGAUGGAUGACGUCACUAGUACGAUAUAUAUGUCAAAAAAUCAUAAUUUAAAAAUUGAAUAAGUUUUGUAUUUUACAUUUUUUUCUAAUUCUGUAAAUAAAGCAGUUUAGAGGCGGGUCAAAAUAUAGUGAAUAGCCCUGUAAAUUCAUUUGGGCCGACCGACCGGCUCUGUGCCGUCAUACAGCUGACUGACUAUAAUAUGUAACUUUUAUUUAUAUUCAAUUUAGAAUGUGUGUACUGAUUUUCAGCCUUAGUAAAUGGAUGUAAUUACCUCCGCAGGUAAGCAACUUUGACAUGCUGUCAGUACCACCUGUUCUACGUUUCGCUUGACCGACCGCAGUAUGUUUCUCGACACAAUCACAGUAAUUAACUGUGAAAAAUUUAGCUUUAGUAAAUUCAGAGAAAUUUUUCAGCGCUGCCUCUUGGACUAUUAUAGAAAAUUAAACAAAUAAAUUAAACAAAGGAAUUAAAUCUUGAAAUAGUUCCGUUUUUAUUCUUUUUUAUUCUAUUAGCAAUACAUUGUAUGUCGUGACGAGACAUCUUGUAACGCGACAGUUCGUAACCUCACAAAUGGUAACUGAUAAUUCGUAACGGUGACAGUUCGUAACUAUACAAAUUCGUAACGGUACAAUCCGUAUAUUCAAAAUUAUAUUAUUCUGUUUAUUUCUGUUAAUGUGGAAACUAACUUUUAUUACAUUUAUAAUUGAAAUUACGUUUAUUAAUUUCACGCAUUAAGAGGAAACAGUAGCGAUCAACAGGUAGCGAAAACGCGUUCCAAGAUUGCGGCUGUCAUUUUGAAUAUUUUUUCGAGAUAUUUGGCACACGUAUUCGUAAUAUAAUAAAGAAUGGCGGUACAGAGCCCAAUUUGAAAAAUAUAUUAAUAUGUGGAAAUUACUCUGUAAUUAAAUACAAUAUUAAAAAAACGAGCCUGUACCGCCAUUAAGAAGAACAAAAAAAUACACUUUCUUCGAAUAAACUUUUUUUAUCCGAUGCCUAGAUUUUGUGUCAUUUUGGAACUACUAAAUUUUUUUAUUUCAUUAGUAGUUCCAAAAUGACACAAAAUCUAGGCAUCGGAUAAAAAAGUUUAUUUGAAGAAAGUGUAUUUUUUUGUUCUUCUUAAUGGCGGUACAGGCUCGCUUUUUUAAUAUUGUAUUUAAUUAAAGAGUAAUUUCCCCAUAUUAAUAUAAUUUUCAAAUUGGGCUCUGUACCGCCAUUCUUUAUUAUAUUACGAAUACGUGUGCUAAAUAUCUCGAAAAAAUAUUCAAAAUUACAGUCGCAACCUUGGAACGCGUUUUGGCUACCUGUUGAUCGCUACUGUAUCACCUUAAUGUAAAAUUGAUCUUAGAAUAAACAUAAUCGUAGUAAUAUAAAUUGUAUUAAUUUAUUAUGUAGUAAAUACAUUAUUACUAUACUGUU